CUGGAACAGUGCAGUCCUCUGGAGUCCGUGAAGCGCGUUGGAAACGUUCGUCACCUAUCUAGCCGAUUGAAGCGAUUGUUCAUUGUUGUUUGUCUGUUGUGUGAAGUGGAGAAUCUCUGUUCAAUUUAAAAAAUAUCGCAGUUGUCCGUGCAGCUACGUUUCAAUUGUUGGAGUUUUCGCAAAACAACUAACGCUAAAAAAAUGAAUCCUGAAGCGGUUUCGCAUUUAGAGCACAUGUGCUCGCUCGAUAUCGAUGCUACGGCACCGUUUGUGCGUCUAUCCGGCAUCAUCUGCACGAUCGGACCGGCCUCGGUUUCGCCCGAAAUGUUGGAGAAAAUGAUGUCCACUGGUAUGAACAUUGCUCGUUUGAACUUCUCCCACGGUUCGCACGAGUACCAUGCCAACACGAUCAAAAACAUCCGCGAAGCGGUCGAAAACUACUCGAAGAAGCUGGGCAAACCGUUCCCGCUUGCCAUCGCACUGGACACCAAGGGUCCGGAAAUCCGUACUGGUCUGAUCGAGGGCAGCGGUACCGGCGAGGUCGAGCUGAAGAAGGGCGAAAAGAUCCAACUGACCACGGACAAGGAGCAUCUGGAGAAGGGCAACAAGGACAAGAUCUAUGUCGAUUACGUAAACAUCGUGAAAGUGGUUAAGCCGGGAGACCAUGUGUUCGUUGACGAUGGUUUGAUCUCGCUCGUCGUGGACAGCAUUUCGAACGAUACUUUGACCUGUUCGGUGGAGAACGGUGGAAUGUUGGGCUCGCGCAAAGGCGUCAACCUUCCGGGUGUACCAGUCGAUCUGCCGGCCGUGUCGGAGAAGGACAAGUCGGACCUGGUAUUUGGCGUGGAACAGGGCGUUGACGUUAUCUUCGCAUCGUUCAUUCGCAAUGCUGCUGCACUGAAAGAGAUCCGUGGAAUCCUCGGCGACAAGGGAAAGCAUAUCAAGGUCAUCUCCAAGAUCGAGAACCAGCAGGGCAUGCAGAAUCUGGACAAGAUUAUCGAGGCUUCCGACGGCAUUAUGGUUGCCCGUGGUGAUCUUGGUAUUGAAAUUCCCGCCGAGAAAGUGUUCCUGGCACAGAAAUCGAUGAUUGCUCGAUGCAACCGUGCCGGCAAGCCGGUCAUUUGUGCCACACAAAUGUUGGAAUCAAUGAUCAAGAAGCCGCGCCCUACGCGUGCCGAAAUCUCGGACGUUGCCAACGCCAUCAUUGACGGUGCCGACUGUGUGAUGUUGUCUGGUGAGACGGCCAAGGGUGAAUACCCUCUCGAGUGUGUGCUAACUAUGGCCAAGACGUGCAAGGAAGCCGAAGCCGCUCUGUGGCAUCGUAAUCUCUUCAAGGAUCUUGUCGAUACCACCCCGACGCCGCUGGAUACGGCUACCUCUAUUGCGAUCGCCGGAGCAGAGGCUUCGAUUAAAAGCCGAGCAGCAGCCAUCAUUGUCAUUACCACGUCGGGACGUUCGGCUCAUCUUAUUUCUAAGUAUCGUCCACGCUGCCCAAUCAUUGCUGUGACACGUUUUGCGCAAACGGCACGACAGUGCCAUCUGUACCGUGGCAUUCUGCCCGUCAUCUACGAACAACCGGCUCUCGAGGACUGGCUGAAGGACGUCGAUGUUCGCGUACAAUAUGGUAUUGAGUUUGGUAAGGAACGUGGGUUCCUGAAGCCCGGCAACCCGAUUGUUGUCGUCACCGGCUGGAAGCAGGGAUCUGGAUUUACCAACACUAUCCGUGUGAUCAAUGUUGAAUAAAUACAAAUAUAAUACCACACAAACUAUUCGUGUCUCCAACAUCUCGCGAGGUGUGCAAGCCGAACCCUCAGGCGAUAACCAUCACCCCUACAACUCUCGCAGACUACAGAUUAUUGCCUAGACUGCUCAGAGUUACAUCUCCCGGUUAAUAUCGUAGCACAUCGUUCGUAAGCGUCCGAGACGUGAGUUGUUACGGGUUAAUAAGUACCCAACCUUAAAACGGUCAACCACACAUUGAAUACAACAUCCAAUCCCUCCUGUCGCGUUUUUAUGACGCGCAGACAGAUUUAUUUAUUGUACCCUAAAGCCUAAAUUAUUAGUUGCAGAAAAAUGCUGCAUUGCA